AUGGUAUUGAUAUGGGGCGACUCAGGGAGGCCAACCUUCUUAAAGAUCUCUGAGGAAGUUAGUUCUACGCGAGUUGCACUACUUGAUGUAGUGCUGGUGAAAGCAGGGCUACUUGGCCGAGCAGGAGAUGAGACUGGUGAUGAGGACACAGGCUCCAUUAGCCUGGCGCUAUGUCCCAACUGCAAAUUGGGGGAAUAUCCAUCCAUCGAGGCGCUUAUCUCACAUCUCAAUUCUCCAACUACUUGUUGGCCAUCCGACGCACGACCACGAACAUUACCCAUUCCUUCAGUAUUCAAUCAAAGUGGUCAGAUACCCGUCACUGGUACCUGUCACCCGCAAUCCGGAUACGUCUAUGGUGUCGGUAGAAAUAUGCUGGAUAAAUUGGAAGACGAUCAAUAUGCGCAUCAACGGAAGAUAAAUCAUUAUUACCCUUUCCAUGAUGAAGGCGAAUGGGAAUUAGGGAAGUUUUUGGUGGAAAACCUUACUCAAACGCAGAUAACCAAGUUCUUAAAGUUGAAAUGGGGCUAUAAGACUGUCCGUCCCGUGGACAUCGUUUGGCGUGAUGCGCUAGAGGUCGUGAAGCAACUAUUUAGUGACCCAACUUUUGCGAACCACAUGACCUUCAACCCCUACGUCGCUAAUGUCAAGAAUCAACGUGAAUACGGAGACUAUAUGAGUGCCGAUAUGGCAUGGAAAAUUCAGGACCAUCUCCCAUUGGGUGCGACUCAAGUCCCAAUAAUCUUGGGAUCUGAUAAAACACCUGUGACGCGACUUGCUGGAGGAAUUGAGAUGCACCCGGUCUUCGUCACCAUCGGUAACAUUGAUUCUGAGGUUCGCUCCAAGGCAACAUUACGAGCUUGGCGCUGCGUAGCCUACAUUCCUGUAAUCAAGUUCCGCGUUCACACAGAUUACCAGUCUAUUCUCCAGGCUAGACUGUGGCACAAAUGUAUGGACCUUGUUUUCGCCAACCUCAAGGUCGCAGCAAAGGAUGGCUGCUUCAUGCCCGAUCCUUCCCGCUAUAUUCACCAUGUGUUUACGCCACUUGUCGCUCAUGUGUGCGACCUACCGGAGGCUACUAUGAUCGCCACAGUUGAUCCCUGGGAUCUCGACAAGUUCCAGAAAGCGGCCAAAGCCGUUAAUCUAUCUGGAGUUCACAUGCCAUACUGGCGUGAUUGGAUGUUUGCGUGUCCGUCCAUUUUCCUCGCUGGUGAGGUGCUGCACACCUGCCAUAAGUUUUUCGCGGACCAUCCGCUGAAAUGGAUCAAAGAAGCUCUAGGAGAUUAUGAGCUCGAUACCCGCUUCAUGGUCCAGCACAAGCGAGUCGGAACGCGCCACUUCGCAAAAGGUAUCACACACGUUAAUCAAAUGACAGGCCGCGAGCAUAGAGACAUUCAACGCACUAUCGUUGCGUCGAUCGCAGGGGCCGUUCCACCCAGAUUCGUUCGUACAAUCCGUGCCCUUGUAGACUUCUUUUACCUCGCACAAAAUCCGGUUCACUCCCCUGAAUCACUUCAGUCAAUGGUUCAAGCACUUUCAGACUUCCACUCUUUCAAGGACGCUAUCAUUCAGGCCGAGGCAAGGAAGGGGAAGAAGGGCGUCAAAGAAGAUUUUUUCAUUCCCAAACUCGAGCUUCUCCAAAGCUUCAUUCAGAAAUUAGGCACUUUGAUGCAGUUCUCUGCUGAUGUGACGGAGCGGUUACUCAUCACACACUACUUUACGGAGCAGUGUGUACGGAUUCUUAACCGCCAAGAGUCUAUGGAAAUGUUUGGCCUGUACACGCUGUUAACUUCUCGCGGGGCGUCACUAGUUAAUGCGAUAUACGCUGAAGAUGAAGAUGUCACAAUUGCCAAUCCCGCACUCUCCUGGGUCUCCCGAGUUCUCCCUGACGAAGUUAAGUCAAUACAUGGUCCCCGACCAGUCCGCAAUCACUUUCUCAAGGGUAUUCUCUCUGGAGAUGCACUCACCGCUUUUCAACUCAAUAUCACACCUGAUUACAAAUCGCUAUCACCGUCUGACAUACGCACGAAAUAUGCACUCUUUGGCUUUGAGCGUGCGCUCGGCGAAUUCAUUUGUCGUUCCCCCCUUUCUAGUGGUGAAAAUUCUUGCUGGGACCCCAAGUAUGGGCGCUUCCAGGUAUGGCAUAAAUUCCGAUUGCAACUUCACUCGGCCUUCCAGCCGCGAGUCAUCAUGCCGAGUCGCGUGGUGCAAGCGUACCCACCGAGCGAUGAUUUUCCCUUUGGAAAUUGUGAUACUGUUCUCGUGGACACCACAGGCAUUGAUGGCAAAACCAGUUCCAACGUGGAACUACCAUCGUGUCUCUCAGACCCACUUCUCUACGUCCAAUUUUUCCACUUUAUUUCCAGCCCUGACGAUUGUCCCGAACUCGCAAUGUGGACCGUGGAGCGCACAUACACGCAGGAGGAAAACGGUAAUCGCUGUAGGAAGGGGGCUGUCAUACGAGUGACAGACGUGACACAUGCGGUUGAGUUGAUACCAGUUUAUGGUGAGGCAGUGGCCAAUAGCGUGUCCUCUGCGACAUCUUUGGAAUGCUAUGAGCGUUUUUUCCUGAAUAACUUCGCAGACAAGGAGAGUUAUCACACAUUCAGUACCGAGUUUGUAUAG